CCUCGCCCCGGUAUCGGCGGGAUGGAAAGCAAAGGCCUUUGAAGACCUGGAAACCCCUUAUUUUGGGAGAGGGUGAUAUCGUGCUGAGGUGCGAGGAGAGGGAAGGACGAUAAAGAACUAGUCAGCAAGAGUUUCUCUGAGUCCAGAGACCGGGCUCUUGAGGCGCGUUUUGAGAAGCGCGGCCGAACACGCCAGGCGGCUUCUGGUGGCCACCAAGGGUUUUCCUGUUACAGGAAGUUAGGCCUGGCUGCUGGGAAACAGAAGGGAAGGAGGAAUGAGAAAGCGGUGACGGCACCCCGCCCCGCAGGUGACUGUCCCACCCAGUGAGUUGAAUGUAGCGGCCCCGGAGGUGCUCCGCCGCCCUCACGGGUGAGACGAGGAGGAGCGAGAACCAGACUCCAGCGAGAGAAAACAGAGGUGGGAGGCUGAAGUAUCUCCACAUCUAGUUUCUCCAGGGAUUUCUGUGUUUGUUUUGUAAAGCAAUGGGAAAUUCAGAAAACAUAGAAGAUGCGUACGUUGCUGUUAUUCGUCCAAAGAAUACUGCCAGUCUCAAUUCUCGGGAAUACAGAGCUAAGUCAUAUGAAAUUUUGUUGCAUGAAGUUCCCAUUGAAGGACAGAAAAAAAAGAGAAAGAAAGUUUUGUUGGAAACUAAACUUCAAGGCAACAGUGAAGUAACACAAGGCAUACUGGAUUAUGUAGUAGAAACCACCAAACCAAUUUCUCCUGCAAACCAGGGUAUUAGAGGAAAGCGAGUGGUACUAAUGAAGAAAUUUCCUCUGGAUGGGGAGAAGAUGGGAAGAGAAGCAGCAUUAUUUAUUGUUCCAUCAGUUGUCAAAGAUAAUACUAAAUAUACGUAUACUCCAGGAUGCCCAAUUUUUUACUGCUUACAAGAUAUUAUGCGAGUCUGUAGUGAAUCCAGCACUCAUUUUGCUACACUUACAGCAAGGAUGUUAAUAGCUUUGGAUAAGUGGUUAGAUGAACGUCACGCACAAUCUCACUUUAUUCCAGCUUUAUUCCGACCUUCUCCUCUUGAGCGGAUAAAAACUAAUGUCAUAAACCCUGCAUAUGCUACUGAAUCAGGUCAGACAGAAAACUCACUACAUAUGGGCUACAGUGCACUAGAAAUAAAGAGUAAAAUGUUAGCCCUAGAGAAGGCAGAUACUUGUAUUUACAACCCUCUGUUUGGAUCAGAUCUUCAGUAUACAAACCGGGUAGAUAAAGUGGUAAUAAAUCCAUACUUUGGUCUAGGAGCUCCAGACUAUUCAAAAAUCCAAAUUCCCAAACAGGAAAAAUGGCAGAGAAGCAUGAGCAGUGUCACAGAAGACAAGGAACGACAGUGGGUAGAUGACUUUCCUCUCCAUCGAAGUGCCUGUGAAGGAGAUUCAGAAUUACUAAACCGCCUUCUCAAUGAAAGAUUUUCAGUCAACCAAUUAGAUAGUGACCACUGGGCACCCAUUCAUUAUGCAUGCUGGUAUGGGAAAGUUGAGGCCACUCGUAUUUUGUUAGAAAAAGGAAAGUGCAAUCCAAAUCUUUUAAAUGGACAGCUUAGUUCUCCUCUUCAUUUUGCUGCUGGAGGAGGACAUGCUGAAAUAGUACAGAUUCUCCUAAACCAUCCAGAAGUUGACAGACAUAUAACAGACCAACAGGGAAGAUCCCCUUUAAAUAUUUGUGAAGAAAACAAACAAAAUAACUGGGAAGAAGCUGCAAAGCUAUUGAAGGAAGCCAUUAACAAACCAUAUGAAAAAGUUCGAAUAUACAGAAUGGACGGAUCAUACCGUUCUGUUGAACUGAAGCAUGGAAAUAAUACCACAGUGCAGCAGAUAAUGGAAGGAAUGCGUCUCUCUCAAGAAACACAGCAAUAUUUCACUAUUUGGAUCUGUUCAGAAAACCUCAGCCUUCAGCUCAAGCCUUAUCAUAAACCCUUGCAACAUGUUCGUGACUGGCCAGAAAUACUUGCUGAAUUGACUAAUUUGGAUCCCCAAAGAGAAACACCACAGCUUUUCCUUAGAAGAGAUGUGAGACUUCCUUUGGAAGUUGAAAAAAAGAUUGAAGACCCACUAGCUAUUCUUAUUCUCUUUGAUGAAGCCAGAUAUAAUUUAUUGAAGGGCUUUUAUACAGCUCCCGAUGCUAAACUGAUAAUAUUGGCAAGUCUACUGUUGCAAAUAGUUUAUGGAAAUUAUGAGAGUAAGAAACACAAGCAAGGUUUCCUAAAUGAAGAAAAUCUAAAAUCCAUUGUACCUAUUACCAAACUAAAAAGUAAGGCACCUCACUGGACAAACAGAAUACUUCAUGAAUACAAGAAUCUUAGUACAAGUGAGGGUGUCAGUAAAGAAAUGCAUCACCUUCAGCGCAUGUUCUUACAGAAUUGUUGGGAAAUUCCUACAUAUGGAGCAGCUUUUUUCACAGGACAGAUAUUUACAAAGGCAAGCCCCAGCAAUCAUAAAGUCAUCCCUGUAUAUGUAGGAGUGAAUAUAAAAGGACUUCAUCUCCUCAACAUGGAAACUAAGGCAUUACUCAUCAGUCUUAAGUAUGGUUGUUUUAUGUGGCAGUUGGGGGAUGCUGAUACAUGUUUUCAGAUCCAUAGUAUGGAAAAUAAAAUGAGCUUUAUAGUACACACAAAACAGGCUGGCCUUGUGGUAAAACUUUUAAUGAAGCUAAAUGGACAGUUAAUGCCGACCGAAAGAAAUUCAUGAGAGGAAAGCAGCUGAUAAACUUAAGCCACCACAUUUUGUAAUGCAGAUUUUUUUCUAUGAAAGAUUUCUUAAAGUAUUACUUUUAACAAGGCAUUUAGUUUCUUGUAAUAUAUAUGUAUAUAAUUACAUUGUACAGAAUCUGUACUUCUGUUUGGUGUGUAAUAUACCAGUUAGUUUUAUAUAAUAUCCUCAUAAGCUAUUCUAAUUUUUGAAAGAAACACACAAAAAAAGUGUAGAUUGAUCAUCUGUAUAUUAAUGGAAAAAACAGUAAGCUUUAUAAAAAGUUAUUUUUGGUAAAUGGUAAAGAAUUUGGAGUGGAAUGUAAUGAAAUUAAAAUAUAGCUUUGGUAUAA